GCGAGUCGCGUGCAGAACGUUGCGGGAAUUAAAGCCAAUAUAACAAGUAAAAGAAAUGUAAAAUGGCCAACCUGCUGGCUCGUUCUUGGAUUACUUUAAUUGUCUGGUUGAAACUGUGCCUCAUGAUCUACCUUAUUCCCACGAAUGAAUCGCCUGAGAGUGGUCCCACACCAAUGGAAUACAAUUUUCCGAAUGAUGAGCAACACUUAAUUGACUUUGGCAACUUUUCCUAUAUAAUGGAGCAAGCCCCAUGUGACGCGGUCACCAAGGGACUGAUAGUAGUCCACACAGCUCCCAGUAAUCAUGAGAAACGUUCGGUAAUACGCGAAACUUGGGGUGGAGUCAAUGCCAUUGAUGGGUCGCCUCUUCGUUUGAUCUUUGCCUUGGGCAGCAUUUCGAAUAGCUCACUGGAAACAGCGAUUGUGGAGGAGCAGGCGCAAUACGGUGACCUCUUGCAGGGCAAUUUCGUGGACACCUACAGCAACAUUACCUACAAGCAUGUGAUGGCCUUGAAAUGGUUCAACUCUCACUGCAACAAUGCUCAGUUUCUGCUCAAGGUGGAUGACGAUAUAUUUGUGAACACCCGAGUACUUGUGCAGAACCUAAACGAAGUGAAACGCUCCAAUGAAAGGCUGGACCAUCUCCUACAGCAGCGCAGAGAACUUUUGCUGUGCUCGAAAGUCAUUGAUGAUCGCGUUAUUCGUUCCUAUCGCUCCAAAUGGCGUGUGAGCUUCAGGGAGUACUCUGGCUCUCAUUACCCCGACUUUUGUCCCGGUUUCACGGUACUCUACAGUCCGGAUGUGGCAAAGAAACUCUAUGCAGAAGCCCAAAGGUCACCGUACUUUCGCUUGGACGAUGUUCACAUCACGGGCAUACUCUCGAAGCGUCUGCACAUAUCGAUCAGUGAUCUCAGACCUUAUGUCUUGUACCCAGUGGAAAUGGAAAGUUUAUUGGAUGAGGCAGAAAAGGCCAACGAACAAGUUGAAUUUCUGGUUUCCUGGCAUAACUUGAGCCCAACACAGAUGCGAUCGCUCUGGUCAUUGUUUGGAAACAACUAACUGGAGGGAGGACAAAGAACUCAAACCUCUCAGCUUCCGCAACAACAGAGUCCCAGCAACAGCUUCAGCUCCAAUUCAUUGCGAGUCAAGUGCGUUCAAUUUCCUUGAAAAACAGCUGGCUGAAUGGAUGGGUGGAUGGAUGGAUGGAUGGGUGCCUGGUUGACUGACUACCCGGUCGACUCCUCAUCAAUAUACAUCACAGCAACAAAAGGCCCUUGGCUAACUGGCUUUGGACAUUGUUUACCUCAACAGAACACAGAACCCAAGUCGCAGUCGAGGGCCAGAAACUGGAACUGAAACUGAUUGCCCCAGAGCCUGGAGUCGCUACCAACGGCAUGCCCCAUGCAAUGCUUCCUUCCGAUCCCAGUACACAUCAUCAACAUCUGAGUGAUGUUCCCGAGGCAGGAUGCUCAUUGUUUCUCCAAAACUUGCUUUUUGGUGUGUGUGUGUGUGUGUGUGUGUGUGUGAUGGAUGCGUUGCAGCAGCUGUUUUACGGACAACAAUGGACCGAAUGGCGCGGAAUGAUUGCCGCUAUGGCAAUGUGGAAUAUGGCCAUGAUUCAUUAUCUAGAUGGUCAUUCAAGUUCAUGUGCUGCCAGCUCAAAGAACAUGCCACAGAUCCUUGUAGAUUGAUAAAUACCACACUUGAAAUAUUUUCG